AUGUCCAACGUCGACACCUCCAUCCACUCCGCACCCAGCGGCGCCGCUGCUCAGCUGGCAGCUCGCCAUGCAGACGAGCAGCCGCUCAAGCUGUACGGAGGCUGGUUCUGCCCCUUUGUCCAGCGAGCCUGGAUCACACUGGAGGAGAAGAAGAUCCCGUACCAGUACAUCGAAAUCAACCCCUACAAGAAGGAGCCAGAGUUCCUCAAGCUGAACCCGCGCGGCCUCGUGCCCACCCUCGGCGUGCCCGUCGACGCCGCGGGAACGCAGCAGAAGCCGCUCUUCGAGAGCUCCAUCAUCAUGGAGUAUCUCGACGAGGCGUACGCGGCCGAGUCGGAGCACGGCCCUCGCCUGCUGCCGUCGGAUCCGUAUCAGAAGGCCAGGGCCCGGCUGUGGAUAGACCACAUCAACACGCGCAUCAUUCCGGCGUUUUACAAGUUUCUGCAGCACACGCCGGACAAGGGCUAUUCCAUCGACGAGGCGCGCGACGAGAUUCACAAGCACAUCAAGGUUCUGGUGGCGGAGAUGGACCCUGCCGGUCCGUGGUUCUUGGGGAGGGACAUCAGCUUGGUGGACAUAAGCUUGGCGCCUUGGGCGAAGCGGCUGUUUCUGCUGGAUCACUAUAAGCCUGGUGGGCUUCAGAUACCAAAGCACGGCGAUGAGGAUGGCGUGUGGACGAGAUGGGGCUCGUGGAUGAGGGCGGUUGAGGGCCGGGCGAGUGUGAAGGAUACCUGGAGCGAGGACGAGAAGUAUAUCGAGGUGUACAAGCGAUACGCCGAGGACACGACGAAUUCGCAGGUGGGACAGGCGACGAGGAAGGGCGGCAAGCUUCCGUAG